UAAUCCCAAGUUGCUGCACAAAUUUCUCACCAAGUAUUGAGAUGCAUGGCAAGUUAGAUCGUGUUAAUGCCAAAUUAGAACGUCUAGUUAAGCAGAAAGAUGAUUUUGGUUUCAGACUGGAAGAUGAAACUAGGCCAAGAAAUAAUAAGAAUAAUAACAGAAGAUUUCAAUCCUCUGUUGUCGAUCCAUCUAGUAUAGUUGGACGCCAAGCUGAGAAAGAGGCAUUGCUCCAUCAAUUAUUGUUACCGGCGGACAAACCAUGUGAUAAAAACUAUAGCAUUGUUCCCAUAAUUGGUAUGGGCGGGGUUGGUAAAACUACUCUGGCUAGACUUUUGUAUGGCGACAAACAAGUCAAGGAUCAUUUUGAACUAAAGGCAUGGGUUUGUGUUUCAGAUGAGUUUGAUAGCUUUGCUAUAAGCAAAGUCAUCUUUCAAUCUGUGGCAGGGGUAAACAAAAAAUUUGCAGAUUUAAAUCUGCUUCAAGAAGAUCUUGUGAACCACCUAAGGGGUAAAAGAUUUCUAUUGGUGUUAGAUGAUGUGUGGAGUGAUAGUUAUGAUGACUGGAAGACCUUGGUUGGCCCGUUUCAUGCAUGUGCUUCUGGAAGUAAAAUCAUCAUAACAGCACGGAAGGAUCAAUUGCUCAAAAAGUUGGUUAACAAUCCCCUAAACAAGCAGUUGGGCAGCCUCUCAGAUGCCGACGCUCUGUCUUUAGUUGCUCGAGAUGCAUUAGGAGUAAAUAACUUUGAUUCACAUUUGUCACUCAAAUCAUAUGCUGAAGGUAUUGUGAAAAAGUGUGGUGGAUUACCUUUGGCUUUAACAACACUUGGUAGAUUGUUGAGAACAAAAAAAGAUGAAGUAGAGCACUGGAAGGGAGUGUUAGAAAGUGAGAUAUGGACAUCACCAGUUGAAGGUGAAGUCAUCCCAGCCCUUAGACUUAGCUACCAUGAUCUUUCUUCACCUUUGAAGCGGUUGUUUGCAUACUGCUCCUUAUUCCCCAAGGACUUCUUGUUUGACAGGGAGGAAUUGAUUUUAUUAUGGAUGGCUGAAGGGUUCUUGCACCAGCCAUCUCUAUCUCUAAAUUAUUCAACAGAAGAACAACAACAACGCUUGGGUCACGGAUUCUUUGACGAGUUAUUCUCGAGGUCAUUUUUUCAAUACGCGCCUAAUAAUGAAUCAUUGUUUGUGAUGCAUGACCUCAUGAAUGACUUGGCGACAUCUGUUGCUACCGAGUUUUUUAUAAGGUUAGACAAUAAUGAGUCGAAGAAGAAUAUUAGGAUGGAGAUGUUGGAAAAGUACCGCCAUAUGUCAUUUGUUCGCGAGAAAUUUGUGGCUUAUAAGAAGUUCGAGGCAUUCGAAAGAGCCAAAAGUUUGAGGACAUUCUUGGCAACGUCUGUUGGAGAGGUUGAAAGUUGGAGAAGUCUCUACUUAUCCAAUAAGAUUCUCACUGACUUGCUUCCUGGGUUACCAUUACUAAGGGUUUUAAGUUUGAGCGGCUUUGAAAUAAGUGAGGUACCGGAGUCCAUUGGUACAUUGAGGCACUUGAGAUAUCUUAAUCUAUCUCGAACUCGUAUCACACAUUUACCGGAGAAAGUUGGCAAUCUCUUUAAUUUACGAACAUUGAUCCUAUUUGGUUGUGAUAAACUAACUAAGUUGCCCAAGAGCUUCCGAAAGCUUAUAAAUCUGUGGCAUCUUGACGUUAGGGGCACCUCGCUUUUGUUUCAGAUGUUGUUACGGAGUGGCAAGUUAAAAAGCCAACAAAUUACUCUCUCAAAAAUUGUUAUCGGAAGCAAAAGCGGAUUUGAAAUAGCCAAACUUAAAGACUUUAAGAAUCUAUGUGGGAAAGUCUCCAUUGUAGGUUUGGAAAAAGUGCAAAAUGUAAUUCAUGCACAGGAUGCGAACUUUUCAGAAAAGAGGCUUAGUGAGUUAGAGCUUGUAUGGGGUGAUGAGCUAUAUGAUUCACGAAAUGAAAUGCUUGAAAAAGAGGUCUUGAAUGAGCUAAAGCCUUGUCAAGAUGAGUUAAUAAAACUCAAAAUUAGGUCAUAUGGGGGACUGGAGUUUCCAAACUGGGUUGGGGAUCCCUUGUUUCUUAAUUUGAAGCAUGUGUCAAUAAGUGGUUGUAAGAGAUGUACAUCAAUACCGCCACUGGGACAACUACCAUCACUGAAGGAGUUGUUAAUUGAAGGCUUGCAUGGAGUGGAAGUUGUGCGUUUUGAGUUAUUUGGGACUGGUCAAGCAUUUCGUUCUCUUGAAAUUCUGAGGUUUGAUGAUAUGGGUGGGUGGAAGAAAUGGUCAGGAGCUGUGUUUCCACGCUUGCAAAAGCUUGAAAUAAAAGAUUGUCCUAAUUUGGUUGAAGUCACACUUGAGGCACUGCCUUCACUGAAUGUUCUAACAUUAAUUACGUGUGAUAGUGGUCUGUUAAGAAGUCUGGUUGAAGUAGCAUCAGCAGUCACUAAGUUGAUAAUAUGGGAUAUUUCAGGGCUUAAUGAUGUGGUGUGGGGAGGUGUUAUAGAGUAUCUUGGGGCAGUGGAAGAAUUAAGCAUGUGGAGCUGUAAUGAAAUAAGGUACCUGGUGAAAUCAGAUGCAGAUGCAACUAAGUUUCUUGUGAAGCUGAGGACAUUGAAAGUGGAUGGUUGUGAUAAAUUGGUGAGUUUAGGAGAGAAAGAGGACGAUGAUAAUUGUUGGAGCAACAUGCUAACAUCUCUUAGGAUAUUGGGAGUUUAUAAUUGUCAUAAUAUGGAACGUUGCAGUUGUCCAGAUGGCGUUGAAGAGUUGCUUGUCUUUGAAUGUAGUUCAGUUACAGAUGUCUCGUUUCCAAAAGGAGGACAGGAGAAGCUCAGGUCACUUCAAAUCAGGGAAUGCAGGAAACUAUUGGAAAGUGAGUUGGGGGGACAAAAAAUGAACAACAACAACAGAAGCAGCAUGCCGAAGCUUGAAGAUGUAUGGAUAAGUGAUUGGCCAAAUCUGAAAUCAAUCCUUAAUUGUUUGGUUUGCCUCACCACAUUGAAAAUAGAAGAUUGUGAAAGUCUUGAGUCAUUGCCUGACAAUUUUUCAUCGUUAACGGAACUGAAUUUAUUCAAUUGUCCCAAAUUGGAUGGUUCCUUUCUUCGUGGCAAUUUGACAUCGUUAAAGAAACUGGAAAUAAAGAAUUGUCCCAAAUUGGAAGUUUCCUUUCUUCCUGACAAAUUGACGUCUUUAAAGACACUGAUGAUAAGUGAUUGCCCCAAAUUGGAUGGUUCCUUUCUUCGUGGCAAUUUGACAUCUUUAAAGACGCUGAUAAUAUUCGAUUGUCAGAGUAUGGAUGCUUCUAUUCCUGGUUGGGUUUGGCCUCCCAAUUUGCAUUCCUUAGUAAUAGCGAACUUGAAGAAGCCAAUCUCAGAGUGGGGCACAAAUAAAUUUCCAACCUCACUUGUUGAAUUGAAGUUGCAAUGUGAUGAUGGAGCUCGUAGUUGCAGUGGGUUUUCUCAUCUUCUUCCUUCAUCUAUUACUUCUCUUGAAUUAUAUGGAUUUAAGAAACUGGAAUCAUUUUCAGUGGAACUACACCUCACCUCCCUCCGAUCUCUCUCUUUUGAAGAUUGCCCGAAUCUGAAGGAAGUAUCUUGGCAUCCCCAACACCUCCCCUCCCUCCACCAUCUCACUUUUGGCUUUUGUCCUAAGAUGAUGGAUCUACCAGAAAUGUUGUUUCCUUCACUCUUGAGAUUAGAAAUUAGUUAUUGCCCAAAUCUGAAAGAAAGAUGCAGUAAAAGAGGCUGUUACUGGCCCCUCAUCUCCCAUAUCCCCUGUAUCGAGAUAUCAUGAAGUUAAUAUGAAGAUCUAGUUGUGAUGGGAAGCGUUUUACACUUUCUACUACAGAUUUGCCAACCUUCACAGCAGGGAGCAUCGCUUCCUUUUUUCUUUAUCUUGUUUUGUCCAAACCUAUUAGUGAUUUGUGAAUAAAAGAACCAGUUGACUCAUAUUGUAUUUUGAUGGUAUUGGGUCGUAUUUUGUUGGUAACGGGUCAGAUCACAGAUUGUAUUUUGUGUGUAUACCGAUUACCUUUAUUACUGACUGGUGCUUUACUCAUAUUAGUUUUGACUAUAUCAUUAUUUUAUUUAACCAAA